AUGAGAGAAUUGGCUCGACUUCUAAUGGAGAUAAAAAAAUUAGAUUUGUCUGUGGUUACCCUAUUUGAUGCUCUAAAACCACACAAAUAUGACAUACUUGUGAAAGCAACUAAAUUAACAUCAGGAUAUGAUGACGAAAGCCAAACUUAUAAAUCCCCCACAUAUGCUAUGAACAUGGGUACAACCUUAAAACAAUGUUGCGAUGUGGCUCUUUUACACGUUCUAAAAAAAUCUAAGUCACUGCCAACAGUAGAUAAUGCAAACGUUGAGGCAGAUAUAAAAACAUGCAUCCAACUCAUAGAGGCAAAUUGGCGAUUCGAUAUUUCAACCAAUGCUGCUAAUGACCUCAACCUAAAAAAAUGGAAUAAGGUCACUUUGGUACCGUUAGCUACUGAUCUCAAACUAUUGAAGGAUUACCUCAUGAAAGUAGCUGCAAAUCAGGUAUCAAUGCUACAAAAAAAUCCAAGCAAUGAAAAAGCAUACACGUCUUUACUCGAGACAGUUUAUUGUAGGUUGCUUUUAUUAAAUAGGAGGCGGCCUGGAGAACUACAACGACUUCCCAUACAUGUUUACAAAUCCGCUAUAUCUGAGGAACACAAUCAAGCCUAUGAGGAGUUUUCAGAAGCAAUAACAGAAACCGAGAGAAUUCUAAUGAGAUCUUUCAAACGAAUAGUAAUCCGUGGAAAAAGAGGCAGAGGUGUUCCAGUUCUUAUAAGCAAGGAUGUACAGGAUCACUUGAAUCUAAUACUAGAGUGUAGAGAUAAUAUUCAGACGGUGACAGUAAAAGUGAAACCCGAAGACGUUCCGCUAAACCUUCGCGCCCAUGACGUCACCACCCACUCGAUGACACUUUCGUGGUCUCCUCCAAUCAGACUGAACCCUGUGAAGUACAAAAUCGCCUAUGAUGCCAUCAAGGAGUUCGUCGAUUCCCAGGGCAUCACCCAAACGCAGAUCAUCCCCAAGUUGGAGAUUGCGUUGAGUAGUGAUGUGAGGUCGUACACAAUCAAUGAGUUGUCACCGUUCACGACGUACAGUGUCAAUGUCAGUGCUGUGCCGGCUGAUAAUUCGUACUUGCCGCCUACUAAGGUGACGGUUACGACGCAGAUGGCUGCUCCCCAGCCUAUGCCAUUACUUCCUAGUGGUAGUGCCAGAAGACAAAAAGACAAUCCAAAAGAACCCCGAUCAAUUUUAACCGACGAACUGAUCACUAACGUAGAUAAGGUUAAGGAUAACUCCAACUUGCCUUACAUUGCAGCCAAGUUUCCUCAGAGGAAUAUUCCAUAUACUUAUCAUUUAGGUACUGGAGAAGUGAAUGACGGUUUUAUAAACCACAAACUACAACACGGCAAAAGGUACCGAAUUUUCGUUCGAGCUGUAGUAGAUACGCCUCAGAAACAUUUAUACACCAGCAGUCCAUUUUCUGAGUUCCUGUCGCUGGAUAUGCGAGAAGUACCACCUGGAGAACCACCAUCCAGGCCGGAUCCUAAUACGCCAUCUGUCGAUGUUAGCAAGGUGAGCUCCAGAAGAAAGACGCAGGCGUCUUUGGAUAAUAUGGUACCCAUAAUAGCAGCGCCUUCUGUUAUCGAUAAUUUUAGUGAUAUUGUUCAUACUGCGUAA